AUGUUCUCCGCAGCAUCUAGGCAGGCUAUUCGAACUGCGACCAGGCAGCAAUGCCGUGCAUUCAGCAGCACACCUUCAGUAGGAGCUGCUGCGGAAGUGAAGAAGCUUGGUGUCAUUGGAGCGGGACAAAUGAGAGCAUCAGUUCCUGUCAAGCUCAUUGAUAGCUCCCAAGCCUCUAUCGACAAGGGCCUCAAGUUUGCCGACAAGCUUCUCGAAAAAGAUGUUGGCAAAGGCAGAAUCUCAAAGGAAGACGCUACAGCCGUCCGUGAGCGAAUUACAUCUAGCAUCUCCCUUGAAGACUUGUCAGAUGUCGAUUUCGUCAUCGAGGCCGUUCCUGAGAUCCCAGAUCUAAAGUCCAAGAUCUUUGCCCAACUCGCCCAGAUCUGUCCAUCGCAUGCCAUUCUCGCAACAAACACAUCGUCAAUCAGCAUUACCAAGAUCGCGGCCAGUACUUCUAACAGCCCCACUGAUCUUUCCGCGUCGUCUCGCGUCAUUUCAACACAUUUUAUGAACCCCGUGCCCAUCCAGAAGGGUGUGGAAAUCAUUACCGGGUUGCAAACUUCGCAGUCCACCAUCGACACCGCCAUCGCUUUUUGCCAGAAAAUGGGCAAGAUCGCAUCGCAGUCCGCCGACAGCCCGGGUUUCUUGGCGAACCGCAUCCUCAUGCCUUACAUCAACGAGGCCAUAAUCUGUCUGGAGACAGGCGUCGGCACCAAGGAAGAUAUCGAUAGCAUCAUGAAGAACGGAACGAACGUGCCUAUGGGCCCACUGCAGCUUGCGGACUUCAUCGGCAUCGAUACCUGUUUAGCGAUUAUGCGCGUGUUGUACGAGGAUACCGGCGACUCCAAGUAUCGGCCCGCGGUGUUGAUGAAGAAGAUGGUGGAUGCGGGGUGGUUAGGCAAGAAGAGCGGAAAGGGCUUCUACGAUUACUAG